UAUAGAAACCGGACUUGUUUACGACGUUAAAUCUGUAACUUUAACGAGCAACGAUUUAAAUGUUUUAUGAAAAUGCUGGACUUCACUACUAAUUUAAACUCUCUCGGAUUUGAGGCUGGACUCAGUGAAGUUGAGAAAGAAUUGCUUUUUCUGCGCAGUCGAUCUGCUGGGCUGACUGUAAGUGGAUGUGCGCAUUCUGUAUUUGUCUAUGAUCUUUUCAGAUUGUUAAGAAAGAAACUGAACGCUGAGAAUGGCAGCACUGCAAACACACAUCUGUCUGUUGGCAUACUGGGUGGAGGUCACGUGGGCAAACAGCUGGCAAAGCUUUUCCUGCAUUCAUCCGACCUCAAGCCAUGCGACAUCAACAUCUCAACUAAAAGACCUGAGACCUUAGGGGAGAUUUCAAACAUUGGUGUCGAGUGUUACUUUGACAACAUUAGACUGGCUAAACGGGCAGACUUGCUCUUCCUCUGUGUCUUGCCCUCUCAUCUUCCUCAAGUAUGCUCAGACAUUCGCUGCCAUCUGUCUUCAGACUGUCUUGUGUACAGUUUCACUUCAGCAGUGCCAUUGAACAGGCUUGCGAUGCUUCUUGAACACAGUUUUAUUAUUAAACCUCAGUAUGAGUUUGUGGCUUGUGAUGAUGUCACUACAAUUUGGCUCCUCCACAAUGAAGUUUCCGCAGCUUUAAAGCACAAGGAAGUGCUUUCGGCAUCACUUCCUCUUUCCAUGAAUGGUGGCCUGUUCCUGGAUCAGAGAUGGGUAUCAGCUGUGCUCUACGGUCUCCUCAACAUGUGCUCGGCUGCCAAACUGGGGUCCGGAAAGACUCUUCUCCUGCUAAAUGGGCUGUUUGAGACCGCUGUUCCAACAAAGACAUUUACUUAUCACAGUUUUGUAAAUCCACCCAGUGCAUCUGAUCCCAAUAAACCCGAUGAGCUUUUUCCGUGGAUCAAUUUGGUCGACGCACAAACUAAAGAUACUCCAUUGACUGAUUUGGUGUUGAGAAAUAAAGGUUUGCGAGACUGCAUUUCAGUCAUGUACUACAAUGUAUUUUCAAACCCAGCAGAAGGAUAGGACGUCAUUUUGUUCACUGAGACAAAUCAAUUAAAUUGUGCAACAUUUUAGUGUCAGUGUACAUUUCUGUGUUCCUGUUCAAUCUGUUUAUAAUUAACCAACUGUUAUGUGCAGAUGUUUGUAAGUCUCUAAAAUAAGUGCUAAUUAAACUCAGGGGAGAAGUUAGUAUGUCAGCUCAGCUGAAUCCCUGCUGCAUUACUGCUAUAUUUCUGUUUUACACACAAGGCCACAUUUUCAAGUACAUUUCAAUGUGCCAAGAUAACUAGAAAAAGGCAAAUCAAGGAA